UGGGGGAGCUGGAGAUGGGUGACUGGCAGGAGGUGUGGGAUGAGAACACCGGCUGCUACUACUACUGGAACACUCAGAGCAACGAGGUGACCUGGGAGCUGCCACAGUACCUGGCGACACAGGUCCAGGGCCUGCAGCACUACCAGCACACCAGCACCGUGGCAGGCGCCAAUGGUGGCUUUGUAGCAGCAGCUGAAGUGUACCCCCAGGAGAAGGGGGUCGGCCGAGGGACCCCCAUCACCAAGCGGGAGGUGAAGAAGGAGGUGAAUGAAGGUGUUCAGGCGCUCUCCAACAGCGAGGAGGAGAAGAAGGGGGUGGCUGCAGCCCUCCUGGCACCCCUCCUGCCUGAUGUGGUGAAGGAGGAAGAGGAGCGUUGGAGGAGGAAGGUGAUCUGCAAGGAGGAAGUGGAGCCACCUCCGGAAGAGGAGGUGAAAGCAGAAGAGGCUCCAGCUGCUCCCGAAGAGCCGGAGCCCAGCAGGGAUCCCCUGGAAGACACACUCCAGGAGGAGCUGUGCAGCGUGGUGCAGUCAGGGGAGAGCGCUGAGGAGGAGGAGGAGCAGGACACCCUCGAGCUGGAGAUGGUGCUCGAGAGGAAGAAGGCAGAGCUCCGUGCCCUGGAGGAAGGCGAUGGCAGCGUGUCCGGCUCCAGCCCGCUGUCCGACGGGAGCCAGUCGGCCUCACAGGAUCCAGCCCGGAGGCUGGCUUCCAAACGGGGCAAAUGGAAGCUCUUUGUGGGAGCUGCCAGCCCCGAAUCCGCCAGUCGAGGCUCCAGCAAAACGGGCCGGGAAAGCCCCGAACCGGGAGAAGCAGGUAAUGGGAAAGUGAGCAUGGAAACAACUGAUGCCAUUUCAGACAAAGAACCAGAGUCUGAGGAGCCCCAGGAGAAAGCCAAAACCCAGGGGGCACCCAAAAUAGAAGAGGAGGAGCAGGACCUAAAGUUUCAGAUCGGAGAGCUGGCAAAUACUCUGACUAAUAAAUUGGAGUUCCUGGGCAUCAACAGACAAUCUAUCUCCAACUUCCACAUGUUGCUGUUGCAGACAGAGACCCGCAUUGCAGACUGGCGAGAAGGUGCUCUCAAUGGAAACUACCUCAAACGCAAACUCCAAGACGCAGCCGAACAGCUAAAACAAUACGAAAUAAACGCCACCCCUAAAGGCUGGUCCUGCCACUGGGACAGGUACGAGCUCUCCUCCCUUUCUCACCUUUCAUCUCUGACAUCUCAGACAUGAUUUGUGACCAUCACCACCCGACGACGUUGGCGCCGUCCCUCUCGGAGACUUGAGAGCAGCUUCAGUGUUAGCAGUGCUGGGCAGGCAGAGCAACAUCUCCCGGCACUCACACGUUGUGGUGUUUGAGCCAAGCACCAAAGCUGGAGGAUCCAAACCGGAGUGCUCAGAGACGGAGCUGAUUUCCCUGAUCGGACAGAGCUGGUGGUCACUCUCCUGAGUGGAAAGCGCUGUUGGAGGGCGGGCCUGGGGGGUCGCGCAUGCGAGAGCUCUGUGAACUUUGCAGGAUCUCUGGAUCACCUCUUCUGACCAACAGCUCUACCCAAGGACAAACUUCACCUCCUCGCC